GCGGCGCUGGGGCGGCGCUGUAUCCAGCAUGGCGGAGGUGGCGGCCGCUCCCGCUGCUCCCGCGACCCGCAGCCCCCGGCGCUGAGCCGGAGCCGCUCCGAGCUCGGCGGGCCGGGCCUGUCUUUAUUCCCCUUCCCUUUCUUCCCCUAUCCCUUACCUUCUCCUCCCGCCAUGGCCGAGCCGGCGGCCGCGGGUAUCUCCUCGCUGCCUCGCGAGGUCCGCGAGCAGUUGGCCGAGCUGGAGCUGGAGCUGUCGGAAGGGGACAUCACACAAAAGGGGUAUGAGAAGAAGAGAGCGAAGCUCCUGGCUCCGUACGUCCCUCAAACACAAGGGGUUGAUCCAGCUCUACAGAAGGAAACCAGAACUCAGACACCCACUCCAUCUGCAACUCCAGCCCCAGCUCCCUCCUCAUCCUCAUCCAAAUUUCACCGAGCCCGAUCAGGGGGAGCCAGAGAUGAACGCUACCGAUCUGAUAUUCACACGGAAGCAGUUCAAGCAGCACUGGCAAAACACAAAGAACAGAAAAUGGCCCUCCCCAUGCCCACAAAAAGGCGAUCUACGUUUGUUCAGUCUCCAGCUGAUGCCUGCACUCCCCCAGACACGUCUUCCGCAUCCGAGGAUGAGGGGUCACUAAGGCGUCAAGCUGCUCUUUCUGCUGCAUUGCAUCAGAGCUUACAGAAUGCUGAGUCUUGGAUCAACCGAUCUAUUCAGGGGUCAUCCACAUCUUCAUCAGCAUCCUCUACACUUUCCCAUGGAGAAGGCAAAGGGACCAGUGGGUCACUAGCUGAUGUAUUUGCCAAUACUCGAAUAGAAAAUUUCUCAGUUCCCCCAGAUGUCACAGCAACUACCUCCUCUUCCUCCACACGCCCAGCAGCAAUUGACCUUCCUCCUUCAGGGAUCGUGAAGGGCAUGCACAAGGGAUCCAAUCGGUCCAGUCUGAUGGACACUGCCGAUGGUGUUCCUGUGAGUAGCAGAGUCUCCACAAAGAUUCAACAGUUGCUGAACACCUUGAAGAGGCCCAAGAGGCCCCCUCUGAAAGAGUUUUUUGUGGACGACUUUGAAGAGAUUGUGGAAGUUCCACAGCCUGACCCAAAUCAGCCCAAGCCAGAAGGACGCCAGAUGACCCCUGUGAAGGGGGAACCACUGGGAGUUGUUUGUAACUGGCCCCCUGCCUUAGAAGCAGCACUGCAGCGCUGGGGAACCACGCAAGCUAAAUGCCCCUGUCUGACAGCACUGGAUGUUACAGGAAAACCAGUUUAUACCCUUACAUAUGGCAAAUUGUGGAGCAGAAGUCUCAAGCUGGCCUACACGCUUCUUAACAAACUGGGGACCAAAAAUGAACCUGUGUUAAAACCUGGAGAUAGGGUAGCCCUUGUGUAUCCAAACAAUGACCCAGUGAUGUUUAUGGUGGCAUUUUACGGCUGUCUCCUAGCAGAAGUGAUACCAGUGCCUAUAGAGGUACCUCUUACCAGAAAGGAUGCUGGUGGUCAGCAGAUUGGUUUUCUUCUGGGAAGCUGUGGUAUUGCUUUGGCCCUCACCACUGAAGUCUGUCUGAAAGGGCUUCCAAAAACCCAAAAUGGAGAAAUUGUGCAGUUUAAAGGUUGGCCUAGAUUGAAAUGGGUUGUGACAGAUUCAAAAUACCUCUCCAAAUCUCCUAAGGACUGGCAGCCCAACAUCUCAGUUGCAGGAACUGAGCCAGCAUAUAUUGAGUACAAGACCAGCAAAGAGGGCAGUGUUAUGGGUGUCACAGUGUCUCGGAUUGCAAUGCUGUCUCACUGCCAAGCUUUGUCUCAGGCCUGCAACUAUUCUGAAGGUGAAACAAUAGUGAAUGUUUUGGAUUUUAAGAAGGAUGCAGGGUUGUGGCAUGGCAUUCUCACGAAUGUAAUGAACAAAUUGCAUACUAUCAGCGUGCCCUAUUCUGUGAUGAAGACCUGCCCACUGUCGUGGGUGCAGAGAGUUCAUACUCACAAAGCAAAAGUUGCUUUAGUCAAGUGUCGAGACUUGCACUGGGCCAUGAUGGCCCAUCGAGACCAAAGAGACGUCAGUUUGAGUUCUCUACGCAUGCUGAUUGUGACUGAUGGUGCAAAUCCCUGGUCUGUUUCUUCAUGCGAUGCCUUCCUGAGCUUGUUUCAGAGUCAUGGGCUUAAACCAGAGGCAAUUUGUCCGUGUGCCACAUCUCCAGAAGCGAUGACUAUUGCAAUACGGAGGCCUGGGGUUCCUGGGGCACCUCUACCUGGAAGAGCCAUUCUGUCCAUGAACGGGUUGAGUUUUGGUGUGAUUCGUGUCAACACUGAAGACAAAAACUCUGCACUCACUGUUCAGGAUGUUGGGCACGUGAUGCCAGGAGGAAUUAUGUGUAUAGUGAAACCCGAUGGACCACCUCAGCUGUGUAAAACAGAUGAGAUUGGAGAAAUCUGUGUUAGCUCCAGAGCAGGAGGAAUGAUGUAUUAUGGGCUGGCAGGGCUGACAAAGAAUACAUUUGAGGUUAUUCCUCUGAACUCAGCUGGCUCUCCAGUGGGUGAUGUGCCAUUUGUCCGUUCCGGCUUGCUGGGCUUUGUUGGACCUGGCAGUUUGGUGUUUGUGGUUGGAAAAAUGGAUGGAUUGCUGACAGUCAGUGGACGGAGACACAACGCUGAUGACAUUGUCGCAACUGGGUUGGCAGUAGAGUCAAUAAAAACAGUUUACAGAGGAAGGAUUGCUGUAUUCUCAGUAUCUGUCUUCUAUGAUGAGAGGAUUGUGGUGGUGGCAGAGCAGAGGCCAGAUGCAUCUGAGGAGGACAGUUUUCAGUGGAUGAGUCGCGUACUGCAGGCAAUUGACAGCAUUCACCAAGUGGGUGUAUAUUGCCUUGCUCUUGUGCCAGCUAAUACGUUGCCAAAAACUCCACUGGGAGGGAUCCAUAUCUCUCAAACUAAACAGCACUUUCUGGAGGGCUCUCUGCAUCCAUGCAACAUCCUCAUGUGCCCACACACUUGUGUUACUAACUUGCCUAAGCCUCGACAGAAACAACCAGGUGUUGGCCCUGCCUCUGUGAUGGUGGGGAACCUGGUUGCUGGGAAGCGUAUUGCUCAGGCCUCUGGAAGAGAUCUCGGUCAAAUAGAAGACAAUGAUUUAGUUAAAAAGCACCAGUUCCUGACAGAGGUGUUACAGUGGAGAGCUCACACAACUCCUGACCACGCGCUCUUCCUCUUAUUAAAUGCCAAGGGAGCUGCUGUGUGUACAGCCACCUGCCUUCAGCUGCACAAAAAAGCUGAGAGAAUUGCGUCAGUGCUCUGUGACAAAGGACAUCUCAAUGCAGGAGACAACGUGGUGCUUCUUUAUCCUCCUGGCAUUGAGCUAAUCACCGCGUUCUAUGGCUGUUUGUAUGCUGGCUGCAUCCCUGUGACCGUGAGACCACCUCAUGCUCAGAGCCUCACUGCUACUCUGCCCACUGUGCGAAUGAUCGUGGAAGUCAGCAAAGCUGCCUGUAUUCUCACAACCCAGACCUUAAUGAGACUACUGAAAUCCAGAGAGGCAGCUGCUGCUGUAGAUGUGAAAACCUGGCCGACCAUCAUUGAUACAGAUGACUUGCCCAGGAAGCGGCUCUCUCAGAUCUAUAAACCACCUACGUCUGAAAUGUUAGCAUAUCUAGAUUUUAGUGUUUCUACAACAGGCAUGCUUACAGGAGUGAAGAUGUCCCACGCAGCAGUGAGCGGCCUCUGCAGGGCCAUCAAGCUUCAGUGUGAGCUCUACUCCUCACGGCAGAUUGCAAUCUGUCUUGACCCCUACUGUGGACUAGGGUUUGUGCUCUGGUGCCUUUGCAGUGUGUAUUCUGGACACCAGUCAAUUUUAAUUCCUCCUAUGGAGCUGGAAUCCAAUCUUUCUCUCUGGUUAUCUACUGUCAGCCAACAUAAAAUAAGGGACACUUUCUGUUCCUAUUCAGUCAUGGAACUGUGCACAAAGGGACUUGGAAACCAAGUUGAAAUGUUAAAGGCACGAGGAAUUAAUCUGUCCUGUGUCCGGACGUGUGUGGUUGUUGCAGAGGAACGGCCACGAGUUUCUCUCACUCAUUCCUUCUCAAAACUCUUCAAAGACAUUGGCCUGUCAUCUCGUGCUGUAAGCACCACCUUUGGAUCAAGAGUCAACGUUGCUAUCUGUUUACAGGGAACUUCUGGGCCUGAUCCUACCACAGUGUAUGUAGAUCUGAAGUCCUUGAGACAUGACAGAGUCCGUUUAGUGGAAAGGGGAGCUCCGCAAAGUCUGCUGCUCUCGGAGUCUGGGAAGAUUUUACCUGGAGUCAAAGUGGUUAUUGUUAAUCCUGAGACAAAAGGGCCUCUUGGAGAUUCUCAUCUCGGAGAGAUUUGGGUGAACAGCCCACACACAGCCAGUGGCUACUACACCAUCUACGACAACGAAACCCUUCAAGCCGAUCAUUUCAACACUCGUCUGAGCUUUGGAGAUGCAGCUCAGACACUUUGGGCUCGGACUGGGUACCUUGGCUUUGUCCGUCGGACAGAGCUGACAGCUGCCAGUGGAGAGCGCCACGAUGCACUGUAUGUUGUUGGAGCACUGGAUGAAACUCUGGAACUGAGGGGGCUGCGUUACCACCCAAUUGAUAUUGAGACGUCUGUAUCCCGGACACACAGGAGCAUUGCUGAAUGUGCUGUCUUCACGUGGACCAACUUGCUCGUGGUCGUCGUGGAGCUGUGUGGCUGUGAACAGGAGGCCCUGGAUUUAGUUCCUCUGGUUACAAACGUGGUCCUGGAAGAACAUUAUCUCAUUGUGGGAGUGGUGGUGGUAGUUGAUCCUGGAGUUAUUCCUAUCAAUUCCAGGGGGGAGAAACAACGGAUGCAUCUCCGUGACAGUUUUCUGGCUGACCAGUUAGACCCCAUAUACGUUGCUUAUAACAUGUAGUGUGUGGGGGAGCGAUGCUCAGAAACCUUAUGGGACCACCAUACAUAAAGGGUGGCCGUAGAAAUGAAGCUGGUGAAAAUUACUAAUACUUGAUAUCAAGUUUGAGAUUGCUACCACAUUCCCUUCAUCUCAUCCUGUGGUAUUAAGAUCACAUUAACUACCAACGGGGAAAAAAAAAACAAAAAGGAAAUGUGGUAGACAAUGGAAAACAAUUUGUAAUGGUUUACUGAAAUAUUAGCUUUAUAGCAAAUGCAAAGUUGACAAGCGUGUGAGCUUCAAAAUUCCUAAGGCCUUUACAGUAGUGUUACUUUUUUCAUCUGUUGUACAUAUUUGUAUUUUUAUCUAAUACUGUUUUAGGAUUCUCUAAGGGGAGGGUUUAUUUAGUUAAGAUAAUGAACUAUUAAGAGGAGGGUCGUCGGAGUUCUGCAGUUCCCUACUAUAUAAUGUACUUUGCAUCUGUACUGUAGCUAUCCAUUCCGUGGGAUCACACAGCUUAUUUAAAAUCGUGCCAUGACCAAAUCAAUAACUUACGGAAUCUAAGAGUUACUUAUUCAGAUAGAUAUUUCUUGAAUUAAAAAAAAAAAAAAGAAAAAAAAGAAUUUUGCCUAUAUUUUAAAUAUGUAAAUAUUAUACAUAAUUCACUUAGAUAGAAAAUUAACUUGGUUAAUGAUGACAGCUGAAGGUAGAAAUUAAGGGCAAGUAACUUUUGUGGUCCUUAGCAUAAUUACAUUUGGUUAGACAACUAAUGUGGGAUACGAAGAUCUCACACAGGUUUUCUUCUUUCAGUAUGUAGUCUUUUAUUGCUGGCCAGAAGCGUGUCGUAGCACAUACAAACCCAUGAUUUAAAGGCACAUCUUCCUAAGCGAGGCUGAGAUACUUAAAGAGUUGCAUCGAAUCUGGUGAUGAACACGCAGUUCAAUUCCCUGCUUGUGCAGUUCAGUCAUUAUUCCAUCCAAUUCCCUCGAGGGUACAGUGAGAAUCACAGUAGAUGGGCUCUGCUGUAAGCUGGGAGACGGUGACCCAGAUUCCUUCCAAACGUUCCCUGGGAGCAAUUUGCUAUCAAUUUCUGGGGUUUGGGCUGAGAGCAGUUCUACAGGAGGAGGCACGAAAAUGCAACAGCGGUUCUGGUAAAUGCAUCGUUAACAUGAAUAUCCCAACCUUCAGAAUGCUGUGUCAGCUUUCACACUGGUCAGUGAAGCUGUAGAGCAGCGGGUCCAAGCUCUUCCUGCUGCUUGGGAGCAACUGCAUGCUGGGCUGAAGGGAGAGAUGGCGUUUAAGCUCUGACUCAGAACGACCUUUAUUCACGUAAUCCUGAAUUUUAUCCUAAAUUCCUAUGGGUGUUAAGGAAAUACGAUUUUGGAAGCAAUGAGAGUUGAUACCAAGGUAUUGCAGCAGGGUUUUUCUGAGUCGAAUAUGGUAUACAGUGUAAAUAAACUUGUUCUUAAAAUGCUCCACAUUACCUCGUUCCAAAUUUGUAGGCGGUUUUUAAAAGGUUUAUAGGAUGAGCUCUGAAGAUCCUGUGGCAGUUAUCAGCGCAGAACCUGGCGGGCCUGUAAGCAAAUGACCAGCUUUUGGUUCUUGAACAACUCCUGAUGCAUUCUGUUAGCUCUGAGGACAGGAGCACUGCAGCACGGAUGGGAAGUUCUGAAUAUCUUUGGAAGAUAUUCAGUGCUGAAGCAUCUCAGGUUGUGUUAUUUGCAAAUGCUUCAGUUUAUAAGCGUGUGUUUCUACAGGGUUUAUUUUUCCCCUGCAAUGAAGCAGCACAGCAAGUGAAAGUUCUGUGCUGCUGUGUGGAUGUGACAGUGUUUCUGCUGCUGGUCUCUAUUUCCUUACAACCUGCAUCCUAAAAUGCCCUCAGAUGGAGUUUAGUAUCUUUAGUAUGAACAGCAAAAGGACAGCAGCAGGUGUAACUGUGACUAAUACACUUGGAACUGCAGCUGCUUAUUUCUAGUGUGAAGUGCACUGAAAUUAUUCUUUUCCAGCCAGUGAAGUGAGAGAAUCUCCUUGUUUUGCUGUGCACUCCUUAUCUUUUUGAUUUUUCUUGCACAGCGGUGCAGCUUCACUUUUUUUGUUGCAUAUUUCAGGAAUAAAGCAACAAAGGGCCUUGACUUUUUCUUGCUGAAAUCAAAGCUUUGGGGGAGUUGUUUCAACAAACUCCUUGUUUGCCCACAGAAAUGGGUUUCAAGUACAGAUUUUCUUUUACUUGCCUUUUAUUCUUUUCAGCAAUAAAAAGUGGAUGUAUAAAUCCACUCAGAGAUUCCCAGCAUAUGGCGAGUUGACUUUGUGGGAUGGAUUUCUUUGGCACACCUGAUGUGGUUUUGAUUUUCCCCUUUGGUCUUUAUAUGGAGAAGUAUUUGGUUGUUUCUCAAAUCUGGGUUUUUUUGUCUCACGAGUUUACUGCGUGCUCUUCAUCUUUAUCUCCUGGUAUAUUGAAUUUCUCUGAGAACUAAACUCCUGUCCUCGGAACGAGAUAACAUUCUACUCUUGAUUGCCACUAAGUGAUAUAUAAAGCUGGCUGGGCUGGCUUUCACUGAAUGCUUUUGUCUGUGUUUGGUGCAGUGAAAAGCAUUGUGUUGGGAGAGGAAGAAAUAUGGAGCUGUGAAUCUGGAAACCCCGAUUUCCAUCUCCAGCUCUGCUGAUGACUUGCCACAAGGCCCUUCAAUAGGUCAUUUCACUCCUUCAGUUUCUUCAUCUGUAGAUGAGGAUAUUACCUAAUCCUUACAACAUCCCUGUGAGGUAACUAACUGUACAGCACUAAGUGCUAAGUAUUUUUCAUUGCUAGCCUCUUUGAGGUCAGGGUCAGUUUGUUCUUCCAAACUGAUAAAUGAUUAUUUGGUUGUCUUGGGAGGGCUGUCAAGAGAUGUGACCAUUUCACUUCCAAAUGCUUGCUUGGUGUCUUUCCACAUGGAAACCGAGAUAUUUUAACUCCACUGAACUUGCGGGGCCACUGAAGGGUUCUGAUGUUGUGUGUUUGGGUUCAGAGUUGGGUUCUGUUCCAUAACUGCUGAAUCAAGUGUUGAGUCCCAAGAAGCAGAUUUUCCACGCUCCUUUGGCUUUGCAGCUUAUCCAGUUGCAGAGGACAAAUAAUCUCCUCUUGCUGUCUGUCAGACUCCAAGCUACCAGCUGCAGUGAAACUUAAACUAGGAAUUUUUACCACUUGGAACUAAAGUAUUUUGUAUGUUUUACUGUUUCUGAAUACUCCCUAAGCAAAAUGUGUUGGGUACAGGUAAUUUCAAGUCCUGUUUCGUUAACGUUUGCACUGCAUCUCUGGUUUAAAUAAAUGUAAUUAAGAUGUGUCAUACUAACUGUCCUAAAAAAGGUUGUAAAAAUGAACAAUUCUAGCCCUAAAUGCAAUUUUUUUUUCCUUUAAUUUCUGUCACCCUAUUUACCAUUGUCAAAUUCAGACUACAGCAUUAUGUAAUUAUGUAAAAAGUUUUUAUUUAUUUAAGAUUAGAUUAGCUAUACAUUUUUAAAUUUAACAUCUGGCUGGACAGUGUUCCAUUAACGCAUUGAUUGUGUUUCCUUUGUCUUGUGUUAAUAAAUAUCGAUGCCUGA